UUUUUUGACAGGUGUCACACGGCUAUAAUUUUCACGUUGCACCGUUUCUAAUGGUUUUCUUCCGUUGACAGAUAGUGUGAGCUGUUGAAGUAUGAUUUUAAGUGCAGGAUAUGUUGUAUUAUAUGUGGUCAGGUUGUUGAGUCGUAGUAGAAGGAGGAAGAUGUAUCUGCAGACAAUAAGACAGGUUGUACAAAAACACAGUAUCUUCAUCAAAAAGUCUGUGAGUGAAAAAUGGUCGGCUGCUGCAAGUACUUUGAUACAGUGUCCACUGGUAAAGGGAUCACAGAGGUUUACCCACAAACCAUUGCUAGAAGAUGAUCAUAUUGCUAUGAUGUCUGUAGAGCCAAAGCAAGUUGUGAAUCUGACAGAUGGUUGGACAGAAUAUUACAGACCACAAGGAGAGUAUAGGGAGGAUUCUACUCAUGAAGAUGUUGUGUUACUGCUGGAGGCUAGAGACCUACCAAUGUUUGAUACUUUCUUUAGAACACGAGCUACAAGGUACAUGUUCAAAUACCAGAUACUAGCUCAUGGUGCUGCAGUGGCAUGGAAGUCAGGUUCUCCAUUUGGGAUUAUUUUACACUGUACCUUGGACGAGUUUGUCACGUUGUCCAUGGCAUUUUGUGAGGAUCGUCUUACGAUGGAUGAAGAUCUAGAAGUUCACUCCAUAAUGUGUAAGUGA